AUGAAAAAUUUGCAACAAAAAAAAUUUGAGAAAAAUGUCCAGCGUGCGCGAACCGCUAAUGCGUGUGCAAACCAAGCUCGCUCUCGAGUUUCGCAACUUUCCACAUCGGUGCACCUCUCCAUAUACCAACGUGGAGCCAUGAAGGUACGCAUAUUUGUGCGCCAUUAUGCGCGCGGCACGGUAGUUGGCGAUAUAAAGGUUCCUGGCAAAAAGCCCACACGAGCCGACAGGAUCAAUCGUUCGAAUAUGGCGUCACAUGCUAAAUUGUAUCAUUUGGAUAACCAAUUUAAACUUUUCAAUCCUCUGAUUAAUACUGUUUUGGAUGUUGGAUUUGUUCCUGGUAACUGGUCCCAGUUUGCAAAGUUUCGAUUAUGUCAGGUACAUGGCUUGGAAGAGUCGCAAUUUAGCUCAAAGUGCCAUAUACUUGGAUUUGAUAUGCUAUUUGGACAAGGUCCAUUUGGAGUUUCAACCAUGCAAGGAGAUAUUUAUUCCAAUUCCAGUCAUAUUGGUAUACAAAAUCACUUUCGUGAACAGUACGUACAAAGACUUCAGCGGAACAAAUCGGCUGAGCCAGAAGCAUACUUUGCCAAAGAACAACAGCAGGUAGAAUUGGUAUCUGAGUUGCAAAAAUUAAACAUAAAUCUGGAUUCUGACUGGAAACCUCAAUUGAUGAUGUCGGAUUUGGCAGCGCCGUUUCUUCAGGACCGUGGCUUUUUCAAUAAUACUCAAACAAGACCAUAUAUGAGAACCGGGGCACAUGCAAAUCUCGGUCGACCGUCCAAAGGUGACUUGAAAUCAUAUUUGGAUCUAGCCGAUGCUGCUUUGGUAUUAGCAUGCUCUACGCUUGCUAAGAAAGGACUGCUUCUUCUAAGAUUAGCAAAAGUUUUUGAUAAUGAUCCAGAAUUGGCAUUGUUGCAUCAACGGCUUGGACGAGUAUUCAAGCAGGUGACGCCAUGGGCUUCUGAAUCUGCUGUAAGACAGCAUAAUAUUCAAGAACGUUUCUUUGUUUGCCAAGGAAAGUUGAAUGAUACCGUAGAGCCCAAAACCAUUUGGUGA